AUGGGAAAUUCGUCAUCUAAACCAGUAAUAAGCCCAGAAUUGGAAAAACCAUGGAGGGAAUCUGACUGGGGACAGAAGGAAGAGCUGAAGAAAAGUCUAGAAGGGUUCUCUGUGAGUCAUCCAGAUAUAAAGUGCAUCAGGAUCCUGGUAGCUGGACAAAUUGGAGCAGGGAAGUCCAGUUUUAUUAAUUCUGUCAACAGCACCUUCCAAGGGCGGAUCACAAGUGGAGCACUAGUUAAUACAAAUAGUGUCUCCAGCCACAGUUUCACAAACAGAAUUACAACACACAGAGUCAGAGGUGCAGAUGGUGAUUUGCCUUUUAUCUGGACUGAUACAAUGGGUUUAAAAACUGAAGCAAUGGAGGGGUCUCAGCCAGAAGAUAUCAUCAAAGCCAUAUAUGGGCAUGUGAAGGAAAACUGCAAAUUCAACACAGAGGAGCCACUUGAUCACAAGAGUGAAGAUUACGUCAGUGACCCUUUACUGUCUAACCAGGCUUUCUGCCUGGUUUAUGUUGUGGACUCAAAAACAAUCGAAUUAACAGAUACCCGACUUAUUGACAAACUGAGGAUAAUCCGCCACAGAAUCAGAGAUACGAGGAUUCCUCAAGUGAUCGUCAUGACUAAAGUGGAUGAAGCAUGUCUACUGGUGAAAAAUGACCUAAAGAAGGUAUACACCAGCAAGAUGAUCAAAAAGAAGAUGCAAGUGUGCAGUGAUAUGAUUGGGGUGCCAUUGAACUGCAUCUUUCCAGUGAAGAACUACCAAGAUGAAAUCAAAAUAAAUAAUGAUGUUGAUGUUCUCAUUUUAACAGCAUUUGAACAAAUUGUAAACCUCGCUAAUGAUAGACUGAGAGAAGUUGCUUCCAACUGA